GGGCGGGUGCCGACGAUGGCGGCGUCGCUCCCGCGACCUGGGAACCGGCUCUUCCGAACGUAUGGGGCUGCGGGCGGCGGGGGGCCGCGGCGGCGACCCGGCAGGGCAGCGGCGCAGUGGUUCCCGCCGAAAGACCGGAAGCGUUUAUUCAGCAGCAGCAGUAGCAGCGACGCCAGCAGCGGCGGCCCCUCGCGCUCUAUCGCUUCCGACGAUCCCGACGACCCAGACUUCCUCGGCUUUCCGGUGGGUCGACGGCGGAGGGGCCCUGGCGGUCGAGUCUCCGAGGACCGGCCGAGUCUGAUCGCGACCCCAAGACGCCUGAGGCUGCGAGCUCGGCCUCCGCAGAACUGCAACCCCUGCGGGCCGCUCGAACCGCCGCCCUUCUCUAACGGCAACCCGUGCCUACUGAGCCCGGACCUCAGUGCGUGCAGCCGGCCCGGGGACGGCGGCGAGCUGGGCACCAGUGCCUCCCUGUUCAGCAGUCUGGCCUCUCCUGGCCCCGGCCUCCCAGCGCCAGGAGACAGUGUCCUCGGGACCGGCCCCGCCGCCUCUUUGGAUGCAGCCUCUGAAGUUCCGAGUGGCUUGCACCUCCCAGCAGCCUCCCUGGACCCAGCAUCCCUCCACCGCCUCCAGGAGGCAGCAACAGGAGGAGGCAGGUUCACUAGGUUGGCCCACCAAGCCCAUGCCAACCUCAGGUCAGCUCUCUUUGGUGUCACGGACUCUGGAAACCCUGAGGAUUCUGAGAGUGGGGCAGUUGGGAGGAAUAUGAGGGAGUCUUGCUGUGAAAUGGAACAGACGGGGAAGAGGCUGGAGAGGCCAGGUUUUUCAAGCAUGGGUAAGAAGAGGGCCACAGACCAGGGCUGUUGUCAACAGAUUGGGUCUCAAGGGGCUGCCCAGAUAGACUCCGAGGAGGCAGAUGGUUGCAAGGGCUGUAUUGUACCUGGGGAAAUCAACAGGCCUGAGAGAACUGGGCCUAGUCGAAAAAGGAAACUGCAGGAAACAGUAGAAACCUCCCUUCUCCAUUACCACCAGUUUAAGAGGGACCAAAAGAGGGAAAAAGACUCAUCCCUCACCCAGGACCUGACUCAUUUACAGAAUGCCUCUUGGACCAAAGCCAGGGCUUCUUUCAGUUUCCACAAGAAGAAGAUGGUGACUGCUGUAUCAGAAGUAUGCAGUAGCUACACCGUUGCCAGUUCUCUCUCUGAGUCCCUCAUCUCUGAAUAUCCAAACCCUCCUGUUACGAACAGAACAAAUAGUGCCGUGUCUCCUUGGAACUGCUCUUCCAUGUAUUUGCUAACCCCGUUUAAGACACUACAUGUCACAGACAAAAAGGUAUCAGAUGCUGAAAAGGUUUACGGGGAAUGCAAUCAGGAGGGCCCUAUCCCCUUUAGCAAUUGCCUUUCCACAGAAAAAUUGGAAUGCUGUCAGAAGAUUGGAGAAGGGGUGUUUGGUGAAGUGUUUCAAACAAUUGUUAAUCACACACCUGUUGCCCUAAAAAUCAUUGCUAUUGAAGGACCAGAUUUGGUCAACGGAGCCCAUCAGAAAACUUUUGAGGAAAUUCUGCCGGAGAUCAUCAUCUCCAAAGAGUUGAGCCUUUUGUCUGAUGAGAUACACAACCGUACAGAAGGCUUUAUUGGUUUGAAUUCGGUGCACUGUGUUCAAGGAUCUUACCCUCCCUUGCUCCUCAGAGCCUGGGACCAUUAUAACUCAACUAAAGGGUCUGCAAAUGACCGGCCUGACUUUUUUGAGGAAGACCAGCUCUUCAUUGUGCUGGAAUUUGAGUUUGGAGGGAUUGACUUAGAGCAAAUGAGAACGAAGUUGUCCUCCAUGGCUACUGCAAAGAGCAUUCUACACCAGAUCACAGCAUCUCUCGCAGUGGCCGAGGCAUCCCUGCACUUUGAGCACCGAGACUUACACUGGGGGAAUGUGCUUUUAAAGAAAACCAGCCUCAAAGAGCUCCAGUACACCCUCAACGGGAACACGAGCACUAUCCCCACCCGUGGACUACAAGUCAAUAUCAUUGACUACACCCUGUCACGGUUGGAACGGGAUGGGAUCGUGGUGUUCUGUGACAUUUCCAUGGAUGAGGACCUAUUUACAGGUGAAGGUGACUACCAGUUUGAGAUCUACAGGCUAAUGAGGAAGGAGAACAACAACUGCUGGGGUGAAUAUCACCCUUAUAAUAAUGUGCUCUGGCUCCAUUACCUCACAGAUAAGAUUCUGAAACAGAUGACCUUCAAGAUUAAAUGUAACACCCCCGCCAUGAAGCAAAUGAAGAGAAAGAUCCAGCAUUUCUAUAGGACAAUGCUGAAUUUCAGGUCUGCCACUGACCUGCUCUGCCAACACAGUCUGUUUAAGUAAGUCAGACAUGCCUUACAGGCCCAAACUGAGAGGGUACUGGUCUUAAAGCCCUUGAUGCUGUUUUCAGCCUUCAUCCCCAGAGCAGGGUGGAUUUCCCAUUCUAAAUGUUUCUAAUCAACUUUUCAAACAAGAAUUUUGUUUCCUAGUAGAAACUAAAAUGUUUCUGAAGUUAACAAAUGUUCUUUAAAAAUAAACUAUACAUGGGAACAAGUGA